AUGAAUUGGAGUGCCUUACCAUUUGAAUCAUUAUAUAAUUCCAUUGAGAGUGGGAAGAUAGAUGAAGAAUUAUUGGAUACAAUACUUCCUGAUCUAGAAAGUUUAAACCUUAAUGGUGAGAAGGUAAAAAAUGCCACAAGUCGAUCCAAACUUGAAGGUGAUGAGAUCCUAUUACCAGAUGGUAAUGUAUACAAUCUAAGUAAAAACUUUAUUUAUGCGGCAAUUCAACUAUCAGAUGCUAUGAACCUCGACGAAUUAAUUUGCUGUCAAUUGAUAGUCUCAAGCUUACCAGAUUUAGAUGCUCUUAAUAGUAUAAGCAAUAACAUCGUAUCUUUAGUUAGAAACGGUAAAGUCCAAUAUUUUAUUAGAAGACAAUAUAUUUUGCAAAUCGUUGCCUAUAUAGUAAACUGUGCUCAUUCAAACAACAAAGCAUAUCAAAAGUUAAUGAAGAGUAAUGCAUUGAUAAAAAAUAUAUUACCAUCUUUUAAUGCAAUUCAUACUCAACUAUCCGAGAUUAAACAAACAAUUAACAAAGCUCAAAUAUUGGAAACCUACGAUGUCCUAUUUCAACAGGAUGUCAAAUUUAAACGUGAUUUUUUGUUAAAAGAAUAUGAUACUUUGAGUCAAAUAUUAUAUGGCCUAGUUGAAAGAGGCCAUUUUAAUAAGAAAGAUAAUAUUCUCCAAAUUAUACAACACACUGCAGAACUUGAUUCAAAUGAUUUCUUUGUUGUUUAUUAUUUGUCUUCGAUUUUCCAUGCAUUCAGAAAUCUAGAUAGAUUCCCUGACAGUGAUGUAUUUGAACUUCACAAACAUUUUUUAUCUGAACUCAAGACAGAUUCCAUCUAUAAAAAGCCUAUAAAAGUUUCAAUCGCAUUCGUUUUCCUUUCAUUCUUUAUUAUAUGGUGCAAAGAAGUUCCAGAAACUAGGACAAAAUCUAUUGAUUUCAAAACUGAUAUAGAUGAACCAAUGACAUCAGCAGUAGAGUUAGGUGCAAUUGAGCAAUUAUUAAUAUUUUCUGCAGAUACUUCUAUUAUAGAGAGGAGUAAAAGCAUUGAUCUGUAUUAUAACAUAAGAUUAUUAUUAGAGAGACAUAUCCCAAGGUUAAUUCCAAAACAGCUUAUCGAUAAUGAAUCAGCUUAUAUUGAUAACACAUCCAUAGGUAACAUUAUGACGAAACCUAUUAUAAGAAAUGGUAAUAUCAAUACUAAUAGUCUCACAGGAACAAGCAACGAUAAUCUAAUAUCAAAGACAAAAUAUCAAUUCCACGAAAUACAGAUGUCACAGACUACUAAUGACAUUUUUGCGUCCACAUUCCAUUCGGUUCUGCAAACAGUUAUAAAUGAUUGUGCGUUCUUGCUAACAAAGAUAAAAGAUGCGGAAGAGGAUUCUCUAAUGUCUGGUGAAGAUCUAAACUUGGAUGAUAUAUGUGCCAAGGCUGAUUUAGAGAGAUUUUUUUUAACAAUCCAUUAUUUUUACGCUGCAAGACCAGAAUAUUCUGAGGAAUUUUGGAGUGACAAGGAAUCUAAUACAUACGGUUUCAUUGAAUGGGCUUCUAAAAGCAAAGAUAUAUUAAUAAGGUCAUGUUUCUAUCUGAUGAUUGCUAGUUUAUCAUUUGGAUCUAAGAACGUUCUUGAUGUUUUCCAUUAUUUUGGAGAAAACAAUAGUGUUUCUUGGACACUAAUUGCGAACUGUAUUAAAGACUACGUCAUCAAAAUUGGUGGUUUAGGAAACGUCAUACAGGAGAAACAACGACUACAGGAUACAUCAGAAAUAAAUAACACGGAGGUUGCAUUGGAAGAGGGUUUAAACGAAGAAACAAUUGUUUUCCUGUCGUCACUAUUUACUCUUAUAGGCUCAGUAGCAUCCGAAGUGAAUGAAGACGUUAAAUUAACUUUAUCAAAUUUGUUUACAGACAUCCUAUUUGAAAUUUCAAAGCUUGAAACACCAUUAGUUGGGGCUUGUUUUAAGACUCUGAGUUAUUUGGUUCCAAAAGAUACAUCAGCCAGAUCAAAGUUCUGGUUCUCAUUGGAUUCUUUAAUCUUUAAAUCCUACAGUUUAACAAACUCAAGUGAGUCAUAUAGAGCUGCAUUGGGGUCUUUCUUAACUAACUUUACAGAAGUACAAGGCUUUUUAUAUCUGUUUGAUAAAAUGAUGCUAAUAGAAGGUGGUAAUCAGAAUUCGGAAUUUUUGAAAUUCGGAACACUGCAAUAUCCAAGCAAGUUAGGACAAGCUUACAGAAAGGCGGGUAUUUGGCCGUAUUUUGAUUAUAUCUUAAAUGAUGUAUUCUGCCCAUCCACACGUAUUGACAACGAUAAUAAGAGAAGAACCAUUUACAAGCCUAUUCUGAAUAUUGUAAGAAGUGCUCUUUUCUCCUUUAAUUAUUCAGUCAUUUUGAAUUCCAAUCCUGCAGGUGCUGACUUGGAUAAAUUGGUCGUAUCUGAUAAUUUUUAUACUUAUGUUCAUGAAUCAUCUGCCCCAGCUAUGUUCAACUACUUAUUCACAGAUAAGGUGUAUAAGCCUAUCCUAAAUAUUAUCGCAUUUGGUAUAGAUCAACUUUCGAUUGAUUUGGAAGGUGGUGAUGAACAGUUGCAUCUUAUUGAGUUAGCGGUCACAAUUCUGGAUACGAUUCUCGAUUACCAAAGCACAUACAUUGAGGAAUUUGUUCCAAUUUUCAAGAAACAAAGGAAGGACAUUUUUUUCAUAGCGAAAGAUGUAGGUCUUCAUGGACUCCGUAAUUUUUAUGACGCUCUGUUUUUUAAUUUAACUAUCAUUGCACAUCUGGGUUUAUAUGUUGGUGUUGACCAUCACAAAUUGGCAGUCAAAUCUCUAUCUGUAUUGGAUAAGCUUACAAAAUCUUCAGAUUAUACAUUACCUGAAUACUCUAUUAAUGAUAAAGUUUUAACGAUUCUUGAUUCUGUCGAUGAAUCUUCAAGAAUAAAAGAUGCUUUUAUGACCCAAAUUGAUGCAUCAAUCAGUUCUGAAUAUAAUUUGGAAUUGAAGAUAAAGAUUUUAAAGUUUCUUUCGUCGAGACUAUCUUAUUCCAGUGAUAAAGUUAAUAUAAGUCACUUAUUAUUAGGCUUCCAAGUUUCGAAUGUUAUUUCGGCCGGACCUGAUCUGUCUACAUUCAUAAGUUCAGGCGCUUCUCUACUAGAUUCGGUUACCACUUUACUGGUUAGUUCAUUGAACUUAUUGACAAGGAGAACAGUUGAUUAUGCCCCGAUGAGACUUGCUUGCUUGAGUAUAGAGGUACUGCUUAAGUUAUGUAGAAAUCCAUUGACUUCUGACAUCGUAUUCGACCAUCUGGAGAAAAUGGAACUGUUUGCCUUCUUAAUAAAACUAGACCCUGAUGUAACAAAGUAUACUUUAUUCAAUGGACGUGUCUUUGAUGAUAAAUCAGGUGUAAAUGGCGAGACGUUCUUAAACAGUGGAUCUAUGGGGUCCUUAUUGUCAUUCCUAUGUUACAAAACCUAUGUGAUACAACUUUUAAGUCAGUUUAUUCAUAGAGUAUCAUUUACCGGAACAGAAUCUCAAGUAACUACAUAUGUGUCCAAAUUGAUUUCUAACACCAUUUAUUCUGCUAAAAUAUUUUCAUUUUUCGACACUCUGAACUAUCCAAGGAUUUCUUUAGGAGUAGAAUCUUCUGGCUCAAUUAAGGCAUUUUCUGAUUUAACAAUUAAUUUGGCCACCAUAUCUUUCAAGGAUAAUUGUGAGGAUGAAGUUUUUGAUUUUUCUUCAGUGGAGUCACUAGCAAAGCUAUUUAGUGAAUCGAGAAUUCCACUCCAGUCGACAAGCCUAGUUCUAAGUCAAAAUGCAGGUGACACAAGAAAGAAAUUUUUAGAGGAUUGUGAGAAAGAACUCCUUCUAGUAAAGAAAAAUGUCACAGGGUUAUUGUAUAACAAGUUGUCAGAAGAGUACCAAUUAUCCAUUUUACAUUCGUGGGUUCAGUUAGUUCAAAUAAUAGUUACUGAUGGAAAAUUAGAUUCUGUAUCAAGAUCGAAAUUUAUUUUAGAGGUCUUCACAUCCGUUGUCCCAAAACUUAAUGAUUACGUCGAGUUUGAUACUUCGUUCGCAGAAGAACUUGUCUCUCUCGUUGUUUUCUUAUACGAAAUUUAUGAUAAAGAUAGAUUAAUUAAUGGUCAACAUGAGGAAUUGGAUUUCCGUUUAUCAGAUAUUUUCAAGUUGUGUAUUCAUGGUAUUCUAUCCCCAAUGACAUCUGUCCCAUUAAGAUCGGAUUUUUACACUUUGACAAAUCAAUAUUUAGUUCGUGUAUUGAAGGACAAAUCAGUAGCAAAGGAUGUUUUACAGUCACUACGCAUGAGUUGUGAACAAUUUAUACAGAUUGUUUGCAAUGAUGCUAUAUAUGGACAAGAUACCAACAGGAUUACAAGUAUUUUAUUACUAGAUUCGUUAGUUCAAAUAGGCAGUCUAACCCCGGAGAAUUUUAUUCUAGAGUCCCUGACAAAGAGUGCGCAGCUGCACUUAAUCAUCCGCUCAUUAAAGAACACCGAUAACAUGCUGGAUUCUGCCCCUUACCAAAUUAGUAUUGAGGAUUUGCUGUAUGAACUAACUGCCUUCAAGACGACAGUAUUCUUUCUAAUUAGAAUUGCUGAAACUAGAGGGGGGGCAAAAGCAUUAGUUGAGAAUAAAUUAUUCCAAGUGAUUGAAAGUUGCUCUUUUCUAAGAAUCGAUCCCGACCUUGGAAUGAAUUUGGUGUUUGAUGAGGUACAAAUGAAUAAUUCAAGCUUUACAAAAAUCAACAUUAGUCUGGACAACCAUUUAGUCGUCGAAGAUACCUCGAAUUGUGUAUCUCUAUUUGAAUUAAUUUCUCCAUUAUUCCAAUUAUUGUGUUGUGUUCUAGUAAGUUCAGGUGACCAAAAUAAAAGCGUUAUAUGUAGCACCAGAAAAUUGUUGAUAGCGUUCAGAAAAUUAUUGAUUGGUAUAUUCAAACGAGAUGCACUAAAUGAUGUUGAUACACAUGACGACAAAGACUGUUCAUCAGAUUCUCUUAAACUACUAGUGAAGUUGUCGGUUAUACUAUGCACACUGACAGGUUAUCGUGGAGAAGACAAUAAUAUAGCCUUAUAA